AUGGAGAAAAAGUUGGAUUCAAGAACAACCAGUGGCUAUUUUGUUGGCUAUCCAGAAAGGACUAAAGGCUACAGGUUCUACUGCCCUCAAAACACAACUAGAUUCGUAGAAACACAAAGAGCAGUAUUUAUUGAGUCUGAAACUGAGGUGACAGAAGAAGAAAAUUUUGAUUUUGAUGAAGUAGUGACAGAAAAUGCAGAAACAGUAAGUUCUAAUACAGAUAGCAGAAUUCUUACACUGCCCAGUUUUGAGUUGAGUGGCACGCAAUCUGUACAAGAAGAUUGUUUUGUUGAAGAUCACAUGAUACUUGAGCAAGAAAAUCAAGAAAUGCAAGAUUUGCCACCAGAAUACACAAAUAUGAAUCUGCCUACAGAACAAACCAAUAAUCAGAUGGACAUAGAAUUAAGAAGAUCUCAAAGACCAAGGAAAAGAGCAUUACUAGAUGAUUACUAUGUCUAUUUGCAAGAAUCUGAGCAUGAUGUGAAUUCAAUUGAAGAUCCUAUGAACUAUAAGCAAGCCAUGUCCAGUGAGAAGAGUGAAAAUUGGUGGGGAGCUAUGAAAUCAGAACCGAGUUCUAUGGAGAAGAAUGGUGUAUGGAAACUAGUUAACCAGCCACAAGGUUGUAAACCUAUAGGCUGCAAGUGGGUUUCCAAGACUAAGAGGAACUCUAAAGGGCAAGUUGACAGAUAUAAGGCAAGACUAUUUGCCAAGGGAUCCACACAGCAAGAAGGGAUAGACUAUAAUGAAACAUACUCACCAGUCUCAACCAAAGACUCUUUUAGAGUGAUAAUGACACUAGUGGCUCAUUUUGAUUUGCACUUGCAUCAAAUGGAUGUAAAGACAUCAUUCUUGAAUGGAAAUCUAGAGGAGGAUAUAUAUAUAAAACAACCAGAGGGUUUCAUUCAAGAGAAGGGAGAAAAUCUCGUAUGCAAACUAUGCAAAUCAAUUUAUGGUCUUAAGCAAGCCUCAAGACAAUGGUACAUUAAGUUUGAUGAAGUUGUUAAACAAUAUGGUUUUACAGAAAAUGCAUUGGAUGAAUGUAUUUACAUGAAGAUGAGUGGGAGGAAUUUCAUCAUACUAGUACUGUAUGUGGAUGAUAUUUUAUUGGCAUGCACAGAUUUGUCAAUGUUGCAUAACUGCAAAGAAUUCUUGUCCAAACAUUUUGAGAUGACAGAUCUUGGAUGUGGUGGAACUGACAUGCCAAUUUCAAAAGGAGACAAACUGAGCAGAGAACAAGCACCAAGAACUGAGCAAGAGAAGGCUGAAAUGAGUGACAAACCUUAUGCCCCUUUGGUAGGAAGUCUGAUGUAUGCACAAGUAUGCACCAGACCUGACAUUGUUUUUCCUAUUAGUGUGUUAGGGAGGUUUCAAGCUAAUCCUGGACAGGUGCAUUGGGUUGCAGGCAAAAGGGUAUUAAGGUAUUUGAAAAGGACUAUGGAUUACAAGUUGGUAUUUAAAAGAAGUGACAGUGUGAAAUUAGAAGGAUUUGCAGACGCAGACUUUGCAGGUUGUAAGGAUGAUCUCAGGUCAACAUCAGGAUAUGUGUUUACAUUUGCAGGUGCUGCUGUAUCUUGGAAAAGCAUCAAGCAACCUCUCACAGUGGCAUCUACAAUGUUAGCAGAAUUUUUAGCAUGUUAUGAAGCUACUACACAAGCAAUGUGGUUGAAGAAUUUUAUUACAAGCCUGAAAAUAGUGGACUCUAUACAUAAACCUGUACAGCUGUGGAAUGACAAUAGUGCAGCAGUCUUGUUUGCAAAAGGAAACAAAAGAACAAAGGCUUCGAGGAUUUUAGAUGUUAAGUUUCUUACAGUCAAAGAAAAGAUAAAAGAUGGCUACACAGUUUUGGAUCAUAUCAGCACAAAUGACAUGGUAGCAGAUCCUCUCACUAAAGGAUUGCCAAAGGAAGCUUUUCACAGACAUGUUCAGAAUAUGGGAUUAAUGGAAGAUCACAGUGGCUAG